AGCUUUUUAUUCCCACGAACGUUAGAUCUCAUCCGUGCAUGCUGACGAGCCUUCUUUGUUGGCGCUAGACGCAGUCACCAAGAUCUAUUAAUAUCCUAACAAGCACAGGAUUCAUUGGCUCAAAGAGUUGCCAAAAUGUACGGAAAUCGCACCACGGGCACAAACAACAGCCCGCUAGGGACGCGGAGAAAGCGCUAUGAUGAUGACGAUCAUCCUCCGCCUCCGCCACCGUCGGCAGAUGCUCCCAAGCUGCUGACGUCGAACGGAUCUUCGGCUCGCAACGGAUCGGCAAGCGACGAAGGCAGGGAAGGUAGACCGCGCAAGCGCCGCUCUCGAUGGGGCGAAACGGAUAACAAGAUCAAUAUUCCGGGCAUGCCGACCGUUUUGCCUACGGGACUAAGUCCCGAACAACUUGAUGGAUAUGUUAUCCACAUGAGGCUUGAGGAAAUAAACCGCAAGCUGAGGGUCGGAGACUAUGUUCCUCCUGAAUCCGAAAGGUCGCCGUCUCCCGAGCCUAUUUACGGCGCCGACGGCAAGCGUAUCAACACUCGAGAGUAUCGGUACCGUAAAAAGCUCGAAGAUGAGCGGCACAAGCUUGUGGAGGAGGGUCUCAGAAAGAUCCCAGGUUUCAAGCCUCCGGCGGACUACAAGAGGCCGACAAAGGUCUCUGAUAAAUUGUACAUUCCUGUUAGGGAUUACCCAGAGAUCAACUUUAUUGGACAGCUCAUUGGUCCUCGUGGAACCACUCUAAAAAGGAUUGAGGCUGACUCUGGUGCCAAAAUCAGUAUCAGAGGAAAAGGCUCCGUGAAGGAGGGAAAAGCGCGUGCUGAUGGCGCAUUGGCUCCUGGUGAAGAGGAGGACUUGCAUUGUCUGGUCACAGCCGACUCGGAAGAAAAGGUCAAGAUAGCCAUGAAAGCCAUUGAAAAAGUGAUUGAAACCGCAGCAAGUGUGCCUGAAGGACAAAACGAGCUGAAAAGGAUGCAGUUACGUUAUCUUGCGGAACUCAACGGCACCCUUCGCGACGAUGAGAAUCAAAUUUGUCCCAAUUGCGGUGGAACAGGUCAUCGGAGGUUCGAAUGUCCGGAACAAAAGAACUUCACGGUCAACCUCGUUUGCCGUAUUUGCAACGGUGUGGGGCACACUGCCAGAGAUUGUAUGCAAAGAAACAAUCCAGAGGCAUUGAGGGAAGCUGAACAACGGGAUCAAAAGCUCGACAGCGAGUAUGCGAAUCUGAUGGCCGAACUAGGCGAGUCUGGACCCGGAGGGGCUCCUGGCGCUCCUCCCGGCGCCCGUACGGGCCACUAUGGACCAGGUCGUCCAGCUGCUGGUGCUCCAGGAGGUCGGCCCCCGUGGGCAGGUGCUGGAGGUAGUGGCGGUGCCCAAGGCGCUACUGGUGGACUACCUCCGUGGGCACGAAAGUCCACCGAUGUUGGCAAUGGAAUGCCACCAUGGCAGCAACAUGAUCCUGCUGCUCCACCUCCACCUGGAUUUGGGCCACCUGGUAUUGCACCUCCAGGUGCAUCAGUGCCGCCACCACCUGGCGCAAUGCCACCUCCGUCAUGGAAUCCACCUCCACCUCCCCCUCCGGGAGGCUAUCAGUCUUACCAAGCUCCAAUGCCACCGACCGAUUACUAUGGGGGAGGUGCGCCGCCGUUGCCUCCUCCAUCCUGGGCCCCCCCGCCGCCCCCGCCAACUGAACAACCGCCUCCACCCCCUCCUCCCUCCUCCUAUUGAAGGGUUGUAGUCAAAAAGCGGUGAAUGUAGUCCUUCUGUGCAUUUGUGUUGUGGAUGUCAACAGGUAGUGGAAGCUGGAAGGUGGUGUGUUGUAAUUUUAAGGCCCGUGGAUGGUCCCUUUUGACAUCGUAUCUAAGUCAACGUGGCAUUUUGAUAGCGGGCCGUAUGCGCCUUGCAUGCUUUUGCGACAGAUGAUAACAUGUCACAUGCCUAUAAUAUGAUUCUUGGUUUUUGAUAAUUGUACAAGUUGGUUACAUUUGCAUACUACUAAUAUAGCAGGG